UUACUGUAACCAUGGUAACUCCAUCAACGUUGCACCUGUUCGCUUCCAUGCGUCGUGGUCCGAGAGAUUGUGUGGUUUGAGACGCUUUUAUGGCCUCUUACGAGUCAGCUUCUUCUGCUGUUUUUCCGCGUUGCUUAGUACUAGUAUACUGUGUCGGAUCACAAGGCAGCAGCCUUGUUAUGACGUAACUGCGACGGGUUGUGAGGGGCCACGACUGAGGACGACGACGCCAUGACUCGUGAGGAGCAUCAGGAGCUCGUGUCCGUGAUCCGAGGCGUUCACGAAAAACUGAGGCUCGAUUAUCAGACAAAUGGGGAUGGGGAUCAGGUGUGGAGAGACCACUGCGAAGAUGUGGAGACGAGGAGUAAAUAUGCUGCGAGCAUGCUUCAGCUGGCCACCACCAUUUGGCCUUACAAGGACCGAAUCGAGUGGUGCCACCACGCCAUGAGGGAGUACUUCUUUGGUGGUGGUCUCGAGCGCAGCCUGCAGAGGCACUACAGGAAGAUGAGUCUGCAAUGUCCAGAGUCCAUUCUCAAGCAAGCCAGAGAGGACUUGGGACUGGAAGAAGAAAAGGUGCGUCUUCUGGAUGUUGGAAGCUGCUACAACCCUUUCAGCACUUACACCGACAUCGAUGCACUUGCCAUUGAUUUGACUCCUGCUACAGAGGAUGUCAUAGAGUGUGACUUCUUGAAGCUGAACAUCACGCCCAGAGGAGCCGACAACCUGGCAGGCAGCCUCAGGACACCUCUGGAGGCACUGCCCGAGAGCAGCUUUCAGGCGGUCGUUUUCUGUCUCGUCCUCGAGUACCUGCCUUCCUGCACACAGCGGUGGUGCUUCUGCCGUAAGGCAGCCUUGCUGCUUAAGCCUAACGGCCUACUAUUCAUCGUCACGCCAGACUCCAAGCACCAGCAACGAAAUGCCGCCAUGAUCGCCAGCUGGCGCAAAGCGCUCGAGCACAUCGGGCUUCUCCGAGUUCACUACGAGAAAAGGCAACAUCUUCACUGCAUGGCUUUUAGGAAACAGCUUCAUCAAACGGACAAAAGAUGUGACCCAAGAAUUGCCGAACAUGGAAUAACUGUGACGAAAGAGCUGUUCUGCGUUGGUGAAGGAUGUUCAAGUGAUUUGAGAAAUGUCAGAUACUCUUCUGAUGGCCCCAUGGUUGGCAGUGAAAAACAUUUUGCCACACAAACCACGAGUGUAGCAAGUGACAGCAGAGGCAGCAUGGCCAAACAUUGCCAUAGAAUAUCAGGUGUUGAGUACGGAAAAGCAUGCGAGGAACGUCCAAGUUCUAAUGCCACAGAAUCAAGUACGAGCGUGUUGGAGACCUUCAGCGAGCAUCCAGACCUGCUCACAACCAUUCCACCUGCAAGCAACAUUGGUACGAGAUGCCAGAGCUAUACCGUAGACAAAGUCGACGAAAGUCUGGCAGAUUUUGCAAAGCUUCAAACUAAGAGCGUUUACGGAAGUGGUAUUGAGGCCGAAGAUGACAGCAUGGCUCAGCUAAUGUACAUACCACAGGACUCACGGGACUAUGUGGCUUUGUUCACCAAGAACACUGUUGAGGAGCGAACUAGUGCCGAAGACAUUUCUCUAAAAGAUUGGUUUCUUGAGCUGCCAGAUUUAGAUGACACGUAAUAUUAAAGUGUGUGACGCUUUGUUAAGUUGAA